AUGGGCCUAACAGUAAAUCAGGUACUUCCUGUUGCAAUUGGUGUGGUGGUGGUUGUCGUUGGUGCUGCCAUAGCCAACUAUCUACUAAACAGCAAGAAAGGCAAAUCCUCCUCGUCUGCCUCCUCCAAGGGAGGUUCGAAGGAACCCAAAACGCUUUUGGAUCCCCAGGAAAAGUAUAUGCUGCCACUGGUAGAGAAGGAGGAAAUUUCACACGAUACGCGCCGCUUCCGGUUCGGGCUGCCAAGCGAAAAGCACAUUCUGGGCUUACCGAUCGGUCAGCACAUUCAUCUGUCUGCCACCAUUAACGAUGAGCUGGUGAUUCGCGCGUAUACGCCUGUUUCGUGCGAUGACGAUCAUGGAUUUGUCGAUCUGGUGGUGAAGGUGUACAAGAAACAUGUACACCCAAAGUUCCCGGACGGUGGUAAAAUGUCCCAGUAUCUGGAGGGGAUGCAGAUCGGCGACAAGAUUGCGUUCCGCGGACCGUCGGGACGGUUGCAAUAUCUGGGCAAUGGACAAUUCUCCAUCAAGAAGUUGCGAAAGGAUCCGGCCCAAAUUUACGAAGCAGCACAAGUGAGCCUGAUUGCGGGUGGAACUGGUAUUACCCCAAUGCUUCAGCUGAUUCGCGAAAUACUGAAACAUUCCGAUAAGGAUAACACCAAGCUUUCGCUCAUUUUUGCUAACCAGACUGAAGACGAUAUUCUGUUGAAGCCCGAAUUGGACGAUCUUGCCGCCCGGUAUCCGGAACAGUUCAAAUUAUGGUACACAUUGGACCGUCCAAAGCCCGAAUGGACACAGGGCAAGGGAUUCGUCACUGAUGAGAUGAUCAAGGAAAAACUCUUUGAACCGUCACCUUCGUCGCUGGUGCUUAUGUGCGGGCCACCUCCGAUGGUAAAUUACGCGUGCAUUCCCGCACUGGAAAAGUUGGGCUACCCAAUGGAGCGUACCUUUGCCUAUUAG